UCGUUCGUAAUCACAGUUAUGGAUUAGAGUUCGUAAUCGUUGUUUUUGUUUCACAGUUUUGUUUGUUUGUUUAAAUUUAUUUAGACUAACACAAAAAAUAUUUAAGACGUUACAUGGACCAUGCUUCAUAGGAUCAUUUCUUGCUCUUCGAUAGACCUCCACACUAUGUGAAACCACUACAAAAAAUAAAUUACGCUAAGAUUUUGUAUCGUGUUUAUAUCAUGAUGAAUAGCUCAAAACAAAAUAUACCACUUAGCAUUAGCUAUCCCAAAAUUGUAGGAUUCAUGAGUGUUGAUGUUAGAAGAGAGUACAUUGGUGAUUUAUCGCAAUUAAAAUAUCUGAACCGAGUUGCAAAGGGAAGAAUAUAUUUAGAUUUAAGCCAUAAAAUUGAUGAAGCUAUAAAAAGAACUACCGACGACAAUGUCGAAAAAAUUAAUCUACUGUUAAAGUUUCUUGUUGAUAGAAUCAAAGAUAUACCACAUGGAAAUCAGUUUAUUACUUACAGGAGAACUUUGAUAAGUAUUAUGUGUAAUGCCUAUCAUGCAGAUCAUAUCCGUAUAAUGGCUUGUCUGUAUAAUGGUUCUAUAUACUUAUGUUCAUUGGACACUCCAAAAGAGAUAAAAAGAAUACAAAACAGAACCAAGCAGGAAAAAAUAUUUUGUGCUUGGGGUUACAAAUUUGAACAAUAUUUAUUGUCAGACCUUCCUGGUCAAUUGCCGGAUAUUGACAGGCCAGUCAUAGAAAAUGAGGAGUUCUCUCUUUACUACCAGUCCUCUCUAGGGAAACACCAACUCCUUUAUGGUGCUCAAAUAGAUGGUCUUCUGGCUACAGACAAAGUACCACCUCCACCUGACACCAAUGACUUUCAAACAAAUUUAAAUUACCUUAGAAGUAACCAGUAUAUUGAACUAAAAACUAAUAGAGAAAUACGAACACCAAACCAGGAACAAAAUUUCAAGAAAUACAAACUGUUGAGAUGUUGGUGUCAGUGCUACUUAGCUGGUUUAAAAGGUUUACUCGUAGGAUUUAGAGAUGACAAAGGAAUAGUAAGGAGAUUGCAAUGUUACAAUACUGAUGACAUUGCUGCAUAUUGUGAGAAUGAAUGGCAACCUGAAAAGGCUUUAAAAUAUCUGGACGAUUUUUUAACUUUCAUUGAAACCAGUUUCAAGGAUAAACUCGAAGAAACCAAAAGUAAUGAUCAGGAGCCACUUCAUCUUCAAUUUGAUGACUAUGGAAAUAACUCUAUUACGGUUUCAGAGUGUUCUGACAAAAGCAAUGUGAUUUUACCCAAUUGGUAUCUGGAGAAAUGUAAAUAAAUUAUGUAAGAACAUAA